AAUCAUCGCGGUGUAUUUCAGUUGCAGAUUUUCCACCAAAGCUCACGGUCUGUUCACGAAAGUGUCUUUCUUGAUGUGCCACUUUUUCGGCCCCAACUGAAAGUGUACCAGAAUCCUCUGGGGGAUAAGUGCAUAGCCCAUCCCAUGAUUUUUUCCUAAAACCUUUAAGCAAAUAGAGUGAAAGAGUGGCGACAAGAGAUUUUGAAGUUAAAAAAAAUAAGAGAACCUCUCCCUACCACCCUCCAAAGUGCAUCGGAGAUUUUUAUUGCUCUGCCCAGAAUAUUUCCCCGAGAGGUCAAAAGUGACUAAAAAUUGUGUUAUUGCAUUUGGGCGGUAUGUGAAAAUGCAAGAGGGUGUGCUGUGGUUUUCGCUUAUUGAUUGAGGCUCACAAAGAGUGUUUGCAGAGUAGGAGACUAAAAAAAAGUGUACCAUAUAAUGCAUUUUAGUGCAUUUGCUAUGAGAGAUUUUUCUUCUGCAAUAAAAAUACGAAAUUGUGAUAGAUUUUCAUGGUGAUAUGUGCUUGUGAGGAAAUAGCUAAUCCCAAGGGGGUUUAUUCUCUUUUGGUGGAAAAAUUUCUGCAAGAAAGAAUUUUGCAAGAAAUAGAAACAAGGAAAUCCAUUUUUUUUACUCUAUCCGCGGCAGGAAAGGAAAAACCACCCCCUAGUGAGGUGAAAGUCGGAGGAAUGGCUCAAAUCAAUUAUGUAAUUCCAGUGUUGAGUGUCCUUAUGGGAUUUGCAGCCAGCUUAGAGGAGGACUGCAUAGACUUUCAGGGAAAUUCCGUGGCUCACGGAUUACUCUAUGUUCCCGGACCAGGCGUCUGCAGUCUCUGCGUUUGCUACCACUCCGAGCCGCUUUGGUGCAAGGCGAUUUACUGUGAUCCCCCAUAUUUCUGCAAAAAUUUCCGUGUCGGCGAGAGAUGCUGCGAAUUUGAGUGUCUCGAUCCUCCAGGAGAGGACGAAAUGUAUCAAGCGCGCCUGAGGAAGCGCGCGGAGAUCCUGGCUGGUGGCCGAGCGAAUCCUACGGCAUCCACCACGAGCCUCCCCCUCAUCGCCUUGUGGAGUCCCUUGCUUCUGUGGCUUCUACGUCAGACCCACAUUUCAUAGCUGACAAAGUGGCGGAUGCCCUAAGAAAACCCAUCCGACAGCCACAAGUUUUUUGUCCUCGAGAUCGUGCGAGUUACAAUUAAAAAAAUUUUCAGGAUUCAUCAGCAUUAUACAUUAAAAUAAAAAUAACCUUUUUACCGAAGAUAAUAAAAGCAUUGAAAUUUGCAAUAAUUGAAAUUUUUGCAAGUGAGAAAAAAAAUUGUAUAUGCGAUGCUAAUUGAAACUAUAAAAUUGGGCGAAUUUGCGCGCCAUCAGAAGAUGCUCACCAAGGUUUUCAGAAUUUUACUGUAACUUAAAAUAAAGGACCUUUGAAUGGAUACUGAGAGAGUAAAAUCAUUAAUUAAAUUCUACAUAAGGGAUUCAACUUAUCUCUUCAUCAAGCUAAUUUUACCGACAUCCCUAAUUAUAGUUAAAAGUUAAGCGAAAUGUGAAAAGUUUUUCCCGGACAGAGUAAACAAAAACUAUUUAAUAAAACCAACUUUAUGCUUUAUCUAUUUCCACAAACACAAACUUACGAGAAGUGACAGAGAAAUCAAUAAAGGUGAAAAUUAAUUAUUUAGCAGCACGUUUGAAAAUUAUAUGAAUAAUGGGUCUGUGAGAAUAAUUUCCAAAGGACUUCUUAUUAAACAGAAAAAAAAGAGAACUUAUAUCCAAACACUUGUUAGACAUACCCUCAGAGGUUUUUUGUAGAUCAGAAUAAUCCACAGAGAUUUUCUUAAGACAAACAAAACACAUGUUAAUCUUGUAGAUGACGAAUAAUAAAGAGCGAAUCAGCCCCAAUAAUAUUUUUGGACCAAAAAAAAUUCAAAUGGUUGUUUCUUCUUCUCCAUAAUAACAAUUUUUCCAAAAAAGAAAAAAAGAAAACAAGAAGUAAUAAUUAAGCAGAUUGUUGUGAACAAUCUCUCUUUUUUCAAAUUUCGCAUUAAUACAAAAAUAAUAAACUAAUAAACUACGUAGAAAACUAGACCACGGAGAUGAGGAAGAAAAUCGUUAUGCAAUUGUAGCCAGCAAAGUUUUUAAUCCUUUUGCGCUGAUGGACAAUUUGCAACAAUUGCUUUAAUAUUUCAGUUAACAAUUCAAUUGUGUGUGCAAAGAUCUAGCCGUCUCGUGAUGCUGAAAUAACAUUUUAUUCAGUUCACGGCUUAAUAUUUUUCUUAUUAACAGAAUAAUAAACACCAAAAUAACACAAUAAAUUAACAAACAAUUUCUUCCUGUGCUCAUUUUAUAAUUCUUCUUCUAAAACACCUUUUUUGGUGGCUGUGAUUUCAAUUUGUACUUUCCACGAGAACAAAAGAAAACCAAAAAAAAAGUAACAAGAGUGGAAGAUCGGAAAAGAGGAAUGUAACAUUGAGAGAUUCUCAGCAAAGAAUGCUUCUUUUGAAUACCAGAGAAUUUUUCAACAGACGCGUUUUUAAAACAUGAGAAAAAUUCGCCUUUGAUGCUUUAAAUAAAAAAAAGAAAUGAGAGUAAAAUGAUCAAUAUUCAAUAAAAAAAUGAAAAAUGAAAAAUGUUAUUAACACAUCAUAUUACCAUUAAUAACUUACAUUAUAUACCUUAUAAUGGAAAACUAUUUGUAGUUGAGAAUUUUAAUUGAAUAAAACUUACUAGAAAGGACA